UGUUUUUAUCAAGUAGGAUUACUGCACCAGUCAUUAAAAUCUACACAUACCUAAGCACUUUUAAUUGUUUUUAUUAAGUAGGAUUACUGCUCCAGUCAUUAAAAUCUACCCAAUCACCAGUAAAUGUUUAACAAACUGUUUAAGAAAAAUAUUGAGACAAUUUCGAAAAUAAAUGAUAAUAAUUGAUAUUUUUUGGACUUCAAAUUUUUAGACUUUGUUGCAAUAUUUUUUACUUAAAAAAAUAUUAAAGGCAAUAAGAAAAUAUAUUAAAAUAAAUGUUAAAUUAUUUUUGUUUAUUGACUGGUGUGGUGAUUCUAAUAACUUUAUUCAAUAAAAAAGUUUCGAUCUUACCGGAAACUUGAAGUAAUUCUUUCUCAAGAUAUUAAUAUGGUUUUGUGUUUUGGUUAAUAAAAAUUUAAGACAAAUGUAAAUAAGACUUUACUAUUGAAUACCGGCCCAUAAUGAAGAGUUGCGCCAUUGGUGGCAUCCGGAACUGGAAGUAUGCGGUGAAUCCAGCAGUUACGUUCUAGAAAUGAGAGGUCGCUAGCGUGCAGGGAAUGUUUACCAAUAUGGCAUCCGCCGUUUGAUUUGAAUUUGUUCGUUAGGCGACAUACGGCGAGGCUUGUUGUGAGAUACGAAAACUGGAUCGUCUUCGAUCAAAUCGUGGGCAGGUUUUCGCGAAAUCUCAGCAACUGUUGUUGAACUGACGUUCGCGUUCUCUCGGCUGCGCACGAUGGAUAACUUCAUAAAAAUAGAGAAAAUCGGGGAAGGUACAUAUGGAGUAGUGUACAAAGGAAAGCACAAGAAGACUGGAGAAAUAGUAGCUAUGAAGAAGAUUCGCUUGGAAAGCGAAGAUGAGGGAAUACCUUCUACUGCUAUUAGAGAAAUUUCAUUGCUGAAAGAGCUAACUCAUCCAAACAUAGUGAGCUUGAUUGAUGUGUUGAUGGAGGAGUCAAAACUGUAUCUUAUUUUUGAGUAUCUCACUAUGGACUUGAAAAAGUAUAUGGAUAGUCUGGGUAAUAGACUAAUGGAGCCAAAUGUUGUUAAAUCAUAUUUAUAUCAGAUCACACGCGCGAUUCUGUUCUGCCACAAGCGCAGAAUACUGCAUCGUGAUUUGAAACCGCAGAAUUUGCUGAUUGAUAAAACUGGAAUUAUCAAAGUAGCAGAUUUCGGGCUUGGCAGAGCAUUUGGAAUCCCAGUUAGAAUAUAUACACACGAAGUUGUAACUCUAUGGUACAGGGCACCUGAAAUUCUCCUUGGUGCCACUAGAUAUUCAUGCGCGAUCGAUAUGUGGAGUAUUGGCUGUAUCUUUGCAGAAAUGGCAACUAAGAAACCUUUAUUCCAAGGAGACAGCGAGAUUGAUCAACUUUUUAGGAUAUUCCGAAUACUACGAACACCGACGGAAGAGAUCUGGCCAGGCGUAACGCAAUUGUCAGAUUACAAAGCAACAUUUCCAAAUUGGAUGACCAAUAACUUGGAGUUGCAAGUGAAAACGUUGGAUGAGGAUGGAUUGGAUCUGUUGCAAGCUAUGCUUACAUAUGAUCCUGUGUACAGAAUAUCUGCACGGGCGGCAUUACAACAUCCCUAUUUCAACGAUUUGGAUACAUGCAACAUACCCGCUGCGUAAAACGUAGAAGAUACUCGAGGGAAAGAGGCAGAAUUUUGCAUUUUUAAUCGUGUGACUACGUGAAGAGUAUGUCUCGAGGUGUAUUGAAACUUAAUUUAUUUGAGUAAAUGUUUUAAAUUUUAAUCUUUUUAAUUUGAUUAAAGUUUACAUCGUAUCUUUUACUGUAUUUUGAGUAAAGCUCAUUUUAUGUGCGAGCAAAGUGUACGACUUUUAUUAAAUUACAUAAAUUUUAUGCAUAAUAUUUCAUACAUAAGUUACUACUGGAAUAUAAUAAUAGUAUUUUAUGUAACAUAUUGCAUUUAAGUAUUACUUUUAUGCAAUAUUUACAAUAAUUUUAAUUGAUGCCAAUUCCAUAUAUUUGUCUAUAUCUAACAUUUUAUCUUCGCUUGGUAAAUGUUAAUAUUACUACUGUAUGCAAACAUUAUUUUAUUUACUUUUUUACUUUUAUAUUUAAUUUACUUUUACUAUAUAAUAUAAUAUAUGCGUCUCCUACACUGCACAUUGCAUCAAAAACCAAAAGAAAAAUUUUAAUUCUACAUAAUUCUGAUUUGUUAUAUAAGCUGAAAGUUCUUAUCAGUUUUGUGAUUAAUCUUAUUCUCUGAUCUAAAGAAUUUAUCAUAAAUUACUAUGCAAUAAUAUAAAUUAUCAAUAAUUUAAAUAAUAUAAAAAAAGAAAUUGGUUAUUGAUAGGAGACGUGAGAUAAGUCAUUUCUAUUUAUAUUCUAUAGAAUCUACUAUGUUACAUGCCUUAUCAGAAAAUUUACAUACUAUGAGCGUUGGUCGCAUUAAUCUAAGAAUGUUUAAUGUAAAAAUUUUGUAUCUUAUAAAUAAAUCAAUAUAUUAUUGGCA